CGAUAUCUUUCUAUUGCUUGUGUUUGUUUUAUCACCAUUCCAAGUUUUGACCCUAUUAAUCCUGACAUCAAUCUAGCCAGAUAGAGAACUAGUCAGCCAACACAUCAGUUUUACCGUUGUAGUUGGAAACCUCCAGUAAACUCCGAAAGUAGUAUACAAAGUCUAUCCAUUUCCAAUAAAGUGGUGUUUAAGAUAUUGGCCACGCUACUUGCCGAAAAAUGUUUAAAGAUGUGCAAGUUUUAAUUGUUGGAGCCGGCGCUGCUGGUAUCGCCGCGGCAUGCCGUCUGCUGGAGCAAGGUUUUCAAAAUGUCAGAGUUUUUGAAGCCGGAGAUCGAAUCGGAGGGCGCGUACAUACCGUAGAAUUCGCUGAUAACGUGGUAGAGCUAGGAGCUGAAUAUGUGCACGGUGAGCGUGGAAAUAUAUCCUAUGAAUUGGCAUCUCGCCACAAUCUUUUGGAGGGAUCUAACCUUCUGACCAAUACUGAAAAGUGGAUGUUUGCUGAUUCUCAAGGAGAAAUCAUACCUAGAGAACAAAGUACUGAGCUACUGAAUAUAUAUCAUGAAAUCUACACAGUUAUGCCAAACAAGAUAACAGAUUUCGAGGGGUCAUUCGGAGAAUAUUUCACACAAGAGUAUUACAAGGCAUUCAAGGAAAAUCCAUUUACAAAUUUCACCAGGGCAGAAGAAUUUUUGGAGUGGAUAUGCAAGUAUGAAUCUAUCAUAGAAUCUUGCGAUUCGUGGUCCGAAGUUUCUGCAUCUGGACUUGCCGAGUAUUGGACAUGUGAAGGGAAUCCAUUGCUUAAUUGGAAAGGCAGGGGAUAUAAAACUCUGUUUGAAGUUUUAAUGAACAAGUUUACACCAGCGGCAAGUGAGCUACCACUUCUGGAAAAAGUGGACUUCAAGAAAGUAGUUUCAAGUAUUGACUAUAGCAGUAAAAAUCGAAUUACUAUUAGAACUACUGACAACUCGGAGCAUAAUGCUGAUCAUGUUAUUUUUACACCCUCGCUUGGUGUACUGAAAGAACAACACAGCAAUUUAUUCACUCCACCACUACCUGAAUUGAAAAGACGUGCCAUACAGGGUCUCGGAUUUGGAACAGUGGACAAAAUUAUCUUUGAAUUUCCUUACAAAUGGUGGCCCGAAGAUAUCGCCGGUUUUAAUUUAGUUUGGUCGAAGGAGGAUAAAACAAAGUUUGUACAAUCUUCUGACAAAGGUAAUGAAUGGUUGGCUGAUGUUUUUCAUUUCUCCACUAUUGACCAUCAACCUCGUCUUUUAAGCGGUUGGCUCACUGGACCAUGUGCAAGGCAUGUUGAGGACUUGAAAGAUUCAACUGUACUUGAUGGAUUCUAUGACAUGUUGCAAAGAUUCUUUAGUAAAAAAUUCGACAUUCCAAAACCAAUAAAUAUGAUACGGUCCAAGUGGAAUCAGAAUAAACACUUUAGAGGCUCCUACAGUUUUCGAACUUUGGAAUCUAAAAAUUUAGACAUCUGGGCGAAAGACCUUGCUGAACCUAUCAUUAAUCCCACUGGCAAACCAGUAUUACUUUUUGGUGGGGAGGCAACUCAUGAGCACUAUUACUCGACAGUUCAUGGUGCAGUUGAAAGCGGAAUUCGCGAAGCUGAUAGACUCAUAGAAUACUACAGGUAUGAAGCUCUUGAGUAUAUCUCGUUUUGUUCGUUAGAUACAAAAUUAAAAAGGCCUUAGAACAAUUAUGUUUGAAUUCUACGCAAAAAAUCUCCCCUAGAAUAAACUUUUCAAGUAUGUGACACUGUCACUUCAUAUAGAUAUAAAUGAAAAUUGGGGAUCUCUUUUAGAAGAAAGCUACUGCACAUCUUGAACUUUGGCAAAUCGAUACUCGGUUUCAUUGACUUUCCCCCAAGUUAUUUUAAAAUAACAUUGGUCAUUCAGAUCUAUCAAUUGACUAUAGCACAGUUUAUUUACAGGAAAAGAAAACCCCAGCUGUAACGAAGUGGUUAUCUAUUCCAAUCGGCGGAUGAUGCUGAACACGAAUUCCUGUAUAUUCUAAAUUGUAAACAAAGAAAUACCAUAUAAACGUAUAUUUUUCCACGUAUUCUGUGAAAACGCAAUUUGUAUAUCAUAUUUUACACUCUAUGCUCAAUUUUCUAGUGAAUAAAAUCAAAGUCAUUGAAU